UACUAGCUGCUGUUCAGCGCUGGCCUGCCUAGGCGGUGGCCUGUCUAGGUCCUCCGCCCAGGGCCUCCGCCUAGAGGAAAGCUGAGGCGCCCCCGCCUAGGGAGGACAGUUGAGGCCACCGAGACUGAAAAUUUCAACAGAGCUUGACUGGACACACCAGGCACACCAGGAACCUACGACGAGCACACGACACAAUGGACUUAAUAAAGGGAAGAUUCCGCAAGGAUUUGAAGUACAAGGCCAUCAUUGACAAGGCCAUCUCCGGUGAUAGAGUGGUUACACACAUCUACUUCGACGAUGGUUCUGAUGUGGAGCUGGUUACGUUGAUUGCAGGCUUCAAGUCUCCAAGGUCCACGGACACGAAGAACGAGGUCAAGGGAGAGCCGUUUGGAGACGAUGCUAAGAGCUACAUCGAGAAGAGAAUUGUUGGACAGAAGGUGUUUGUCGCUUUCAUCGGGACAUCGUCAACGGAUGUUCCAAUCGUCAAGAUCUACCAUCCAGCCGGUAACAUUAGUGAGAAGAUCCUUGCAGCUGGUUAUGCUGAGGUUGCUGAUUGGCAAUCACAGCUGAUUGGACCUCAGGGUAUGCAGUUGCUGAGAAAUGCUGAAAAGAGUGCCAGAGCUGGUGGCAAAGGGUUGUGGAAGGCAUUGAAGAAGGCGGAGGUGCCUCAGAGCUCUCCAACUGCUUCAACUUUCAAGGUUGGUACAACGAUUGAUGCAACCAUUGAGAGAUUUGUAUCUCCUGAUACGUUCUACGUGUUCUUGACCAACGGCUCAGAACAGCUGGUGCAUCUGUCUUCCAUCAGAGCACCACGUCAAAAUGAGCCUCGGGGUGCAUUCUUACCCCAGGCAAGGGAAUUUGUUCGUAAGAACGUUGGUAAACGUGUCAAAUUAUACACUGAUGCUUUCAGAAACGAAACUCCCUUGGUCACUGCGACCUUACCAAACGGUAAGAACUUGGCUGAGGUGAUUGUCCUGAACGGAUAUGCCACUGUGAUUAGACACCGUCGUGGUGAUGACGACAGAUCGGACAGCUGGGAUUUUUUGAUCGAAGCUGAGUCCAUUGCAACAAAGGAAAAGCGUGGUAUUCAUUCUCCAAAGGUUCCAAAGGAAGUCAAGCUUACAGAGGCUUCUGCAGAUGCCACGAGGGCCAAGGUUCAUCUCAGAUCUUUGAAGAACAAGGGUAAGUUCAACGCCAUCUUGGACUUUGUCAUUAGUCCAACGAGAUUCCGUGUCAUCCUACCAGUUGAUGGCUUAAGAAUCGUGCUAGUUCUUGCCGGUGUCAUGGGACCACCAAAGGAAAGCCCAGUGUCUGAAACAGCCAUUGCUUACAACAACAAGCAUAUCUUGCAAAGAGACGUUACCAUUGAACUCUUUGACGUUGACAAGUUUGGUGGGUUCAUCGGUAAUUUGACCAUCCAUGGUCAAACCGAAGUUUAUCAAUUACAACUGUUGAAGCAAGGUUUGGUUCAAAUUCACGAAGGUUCCAUGUCAAGAGUUGCCAACGAGGACGCAUUCUACGAUGCUGAGACGGUUGCAGUUGAUGCUCGUUUGGGAUUGUGGGUUAACUAUGAUCCAGAAGAAGAGGAGAAGAGAAUUCAACAAGAGGAGGAGAAGAGAAGAGCCAAAUACGAACAGAAAAUGGCUAAAUUCAAGAAGCCAAACGCAUUCGAUGAUGAUGAAGACGAGGAAGAUUUGUCAAACUUACCAGAAGCAGUCAGAAACUUGGUGAUCAGACGUUAAGCACUAAUAACACUAUUUAUAUUAGUUCAAUC